AUGUCGACGGCUCCCAGGCGCCCCUCCUUCCGAGGCCGCGGCGCCCCGCCUCCCGGCACCGGCUACGUCCGCCGCGGCCUAGCCCCUGCCCCGGCGGCCCCAGGCCCCGCCGAUGGCGCCAAGACCCUGCGCAAGCCCGUCUUCACCACCAUCGACCAGCUGCGCCCCCAGACGCACGGUCACACCCUCACCGCCCGCGUCAUCUCCGCCCGCACCGUCCUCGACAAGCCCUCCACGCACCUCGGCCGCACCCGCGUCGCCGAGUGCCUCGUCGGAGACAGCACCGGCACCGUCCUCGUCACCGCCCGCAACGAACAGGUUGACCUUCUGAAGCCAGAUACAACAGUGAUCUUCCGCAAUGCCAAGAUUGACAUGUUCAAGGGCACCAUGAGGCUGGCAGUGGACAAGUGGGGCCGGAUUGAGGUGACUCAGCCUGCUGAUUUCAAGGUGAACCAAGACAACAACAUGUCGCUGGUGGAGUACGAGCUGGUGGAUGUCGAUGAAGAGGAAUGA